CAUUAGCCAUUACAUAUAGCUAAAUAUCCACAUACAAUCUACGCGUUAUUCUAUUUAUCACAUACCAUAUUCUGAAAAUACACAAGUCAGACGAAGUGAUUAUACAUAUACCUACUGAUAUAUAUAUCCUUCUUGUCUAAAUCUACUUGCAAACCUACAUCAGACAUCAGCCUACAAGUAAAAAGCAAAACCAUGGGAAAACUCAACACUGCCGACCCGCGCAACCUCCUCCCCUCGCGGGCGCACCCGGAACACCGCUCCCACCGCAAGGAGCUCGAGAAAGAGCACCCGUUCGAUUGGACCGGGCCGCUGGUCCUCGGCAUGCUCGGCAUCGGGCUAGCCUGGGAUAUCGAGAAACAAGUCAAGAAGCGCGAGGAGCGCAAGGACAAGGAAGAACAGCAGCCGAGUAAUAGGGGAAAGGGGGACGAGGAACGCCGCCGUCGUAGGCGAGAGCAUCAGCAGCAGCAGCAGCACGAUCGCGACGACGCUUCUUCCACCCGGGACAACAGAGAAAAUCGGAGCCGGAGCAGUCACGCCGGCAGGAGCGAUCGGGGGAGCGAUCGUAGCGUGGCGAAGGAUACGGUGGAUCUGGAGAGGGGCAGAAGAGGCCGCCGCGACCGUGGAAUGUCGGUGGAUGUCGGCCGCAGGGAGGAUCCGAGGUAUAUCGAGGACGACUCGUACUACGAGCAGUCGAGGUACGAUAGGGGGCCCUACGAUGACGGCCAGAAAUAUCAAGAUCGUGACUACCAAUACCACGGCGGGAGAAGUCGUCGCGAUUCGUGGUAGUUGAUGGCCCUCUUUCUCUUCUUCGAAACUUACGAUAUACCCUCGUUACGACUUACACUGAACACGAUCCGACUUUUAUUUUCAUAUUGAGCAUAGUUCAUCAAGGGCAUUAUUGCAGAUAUGGAAGGUGGCGCAUAGCAAAUAGCAUGAGAGAACAUUGUGGAAACAUUGGAAACAUCGCGGUUAAAUAGGGAAUAUGGCAACAUUUAGCAAUA